AUUAUUUGUUUGUUGGUGGAGCGCGCGCCACCGCAGAAUUGAUAGACAACCAGUUUUAUAAGCAGUCGUGAAAGCGACCUGUUGGCAGAACAUAAUUUCAGACGGACGGUGACUUUGUGGCAAUUUAUUUUUUGGAAAAUACACGAACUUGGUCAAGAUGCGCCGACAGAGAUCUAUGAUGGCUUUGAACGAUACGGCGAGAUGUAAAAUUGUCGUCGUUGGAGAUUCUUUGAGCGGGAAAACAACAGUACUUCACACAUUUCUGGGUCGUCAAUUUGAUGAGGUGUACACACCGACCACGUUUGAAAACUACUCGUCAACAAUGGAAAUUAACAAAUACCGGAUGGAACUCACAAUUUGGGAUACCUCAGGUAAACCCGAGUACGACAGCGUUCGACCUCUUUCGUAUAACGAGAUCACAAUUGCGUUAAUUUGUUUCGACAUCAGCCGGCCGUUCACGCUGCACAACAUCAUACGAAAGUGGCACCCAGAGGUUAAGAAGCACUGUCCAAAUUGCCCGAUCAUUCUUGUGGGCUGUAAGAUGGACCUAAGAAACAACAUCCAAGUCAUGUCAGAGCUGUCAAAAGACAGAGGGCUACCAGUGUCUCAUGACAGGGGAGCAAAGAUAGCCUCACAGAUCGGCGCAGCAGCUUACGUGGAAUGCUCGGCCCGGACCAGUCCCACCAGCAUCCAGGAACUCUUCGAAGUCACCUCCCUAGCCGCCAUGGGCAAGCUCAAACUACAGAAGUCGUACAUCGACUUGCCAUCAGCGUGCAACGGGGGCACGCUGCCCCUGUUCAACGCCAACUCGCUCCGCCGGCUCAGCAUUCGGAAGAAGAGCGAGCCGAAACUGCCGGCGCCUGUCAGGGUGAAAGCAGUCGUGGUUGAGAGAGAAUCGCGAGGAUGUAUCGUCAUGUGAAUCAAAGUUUUGAUACUUCUUGAGACAAUAUCUUCUUGUACUUUUUAUUAGUUCUGCCAAGAGCUAUGCACUAUGCCUAUACGUCAACAACUCGUAUAGUUCUGAUGUUACAGUAAUAUCUUAAUUUGUGAACUCAUAUGCAUGGAAUAUUAUAUACAAAAGGGACGAACAAAACACUUCAGCGGGUCUGACUUUUCGAUCAUUAUAGCAGAAGCUUUUUCAAAAGCUUUGAGAAAGAGUUUGCUAGAGUCGGAAUUGUCAAGCGCUCAACUUUGUUGAUUUGUAUAUUUCAGGUUUAAUACAGUCAGUUUCAUUUUUCACGAGGAAAAUAUUUGUUUUUUUCCCUUCAAUUUUCCUGUACAUAAACAGAUCUUUAAACAGUUUUGCUUGAAACAAUACUCUGUCUUAUACCGAAACAUUGAUGAACAGCCAAGCUUGUCUCGGAUUAUUUAAACUCUAUAAAAAUGGUGCUUUAUAUUAAUCUUGCGGGAAAGUUUAGUUUCCCGUCCGUUUCGUCAUGAUUGUUACAUGAAGAGUGAAUUUGUACAGAUAAUUUAAUAACGUGCUCGGCUGGACGUGUUUGCAGCAAAUAUUAACAAUAGGAAUCACUGAAAUGUUUCCAAAUUGUACAUACUGUAAACUUUUGUAUAAAAAGUGCAAUAUUUAGUGGAGUUAUUAAUCAUACAUUGUCCAACUAAAAGACCAAUGUCUUGAAUUGCUCUUAUGCCUGACAAGUUGUGCUUUAAGUGAGCGCUGGAUGUUGUAAUAUAUUUAAUUUAAAACAAGCUUAAAAACCGUGAGUGCGAGUUUGAGUGAGUUUCAAUUUUUGUUGGCGAAAAAGGAAGAGAGAACGUAUGCGAGGAAGAAGAAAUAAACUUUCGACACUAGACUUUGUUUGAAGAAUAUCUGUACAAAACUACAUGUGUAAUUUCGUUGGUAAAAGUUGCGUAAAUAAAGAACAACUCAUGUAGAUAGUGGAUAUGAAUGAAUAGUGAAUAUUGUAAACGACACUGAUGGAAAAUGUGAUGACAUCGUAAGAAAAAAUGAACCUUUGUAGUGAUUUUUAUAUUAUGCCAUAAUGGAAAGCUACCGUAUUUUCAAUUGAAUUGAAAUUAUAGACUAUUCAUAUUAUCAAAUAUUCCUUAAGUAUGGCAGUGCGGACUAGUCUGAGUAUCACCCGCAUCAAUGGAGCCCUCUCUGAUAACCAACGUCUGAUUCGAGCAUGCAAAUUUGAUGCGACCGCCGCGCGCGCCAGCUAAUCGGAAUCGACCUUACAAAUUGUGACGUAGCUUCGAUCAGAAAUGUGGACUAAGCUGUGGAUUGGUCAAUUUGGAUGCCGCGUUUUUGUAAUACAACAA